GGAGUCAAAAUGCUUCUGCAGGCAAGUCGAUAUUUUCGGAUCGGGAGCUAAUUCUCGGCUCUGUACCUUUCUCGUAAAACGAGGGAGGCAGGAAGGUAUAGUUCCAAAAUAGAAGUCUACCGAAAGUGACCAGUAUGGGCCGGAUUUGAAUCUGCCCGAUCACAUACCGGCCAUAUAAAGGUCAGUAAUUACUUUCUUUCUAUCCACCUUCCUCAGCACCCUCCAUUUCUCCUUCCCGCCUUUCUCAUUUCUAUCCGCUUUACUAGUUUUCUUGCUUUCCUGUAUUGCUUUCACCCAUGUCAGUCGCGUCUUCCGUGCAGGCACCUACGCCUAUGCCCACAAAAUUCAUCCUACCCGACCUCGUCUCGCAUUGCACCUUUGACAUCAGUGUCAGUCGGCACCGAAAGCAGGUCACAUCAGAGACCAAGAAAUGGCUGUUCACGAGCGGCAACCUGAUGGGACAGAAACGCGCCAACUACCACGGCUUGAAGUGCGGAUUGCUUACCGCGAUGUGCUACCCUGGAGCGGCUUGCCCCCAGCUCAGGGUCUGCAACGACUUUCUCACAUACCUAUUUCAUUUGGACAAUCUCUCGGACGAUAUGGACAAAAGCGGGACCCAGACAACGGCGGAUGUCGUUCUCAACACCCUCUACCACCCACAUUCCUAUCAUUCUCCCACUCGUGUAUCCAAGAUGACGAAAGACUACUGGCGUCGUCUCAUACAGACGGCUUCUCCAGGAACGCAGCAACGCUUUAUUGAGACUUUCGACUUUUUCUUCCAGAGCGUUACGGAGCAGGCUCACGAUCGGCAGGCAGGAGUUAUUCCUGAUCUCGAAUCUUAUAUUGCCCUUAGGCGAGACACAUCUGGGUGCAAGACGUCUUUCGUUCUGAUCGAGUACGCCUACAACCUCAAUAUCCCGGACGAAGUAAUGGACCAUGAUCUAAUCCGUGGUCUCGGCGAGGCAGCUAACGAUCUAGUGACAUGGUCUAACGAUAUUUUCUCAUACAAUGUCGAGCAAUCCAAGGGCGAUACCCACAACAUGAUUCCCGUUGUUAUGAACGAACAGGGGCUAGACCUCCAGUCCGCCGUGGAUUUUGUGGGAGACUUGUGCAAACAGGCUAUCGACCGGUUUAACUACGACAGAACCCAGCUUCCGUCUUGGGGCGAGCGGAUAGAUCGCGAAGUUGCCAUAUAUGUGCAAGGACUAGCCGACUGGAUUGUUGGGUCCCUCCAUUGGUCUUUCCAGUCUGAGCGAUACUUUGGAAAAAAUGGCCGCGAAGUUAAGGCGAGCCGAGUGGUUACACUCUUACCUCGUCGAUCAUCAUGAUCAUCUCCUACCCAUGCGACCUUCACUUUAUCUUAUAAUUUGUCCUCGUCGACUUCGGGUUGCAUCGCUAACCGAUCCAUCUCCGAUACGCCGAACACGCUUCAGCAU